AUGAACACGAGAACUUCACAUCCUAUCAUUGUAGACGAUGAAGAGAUGCCCCGGUCUUCAGCCGCUUCGCGCGUCUCUUUGGCCAACCUUCUAGGCCCCAGCGGUCCAGGAUCCUCGCCAUAUGCCAAUACUCCGCGCACGUCGCCUCGUAAACGUUCCAGCGCCGAUGCAUCCGGCUCCAAUUUGCAACUUGCACCAGAGACGGCCAACGGAAGCAGUAAUGGCGACCUUCGCGACCACAGACACUCAGACGUCUCCUCACCGCAACAUGCCGCAACAACAGAGCCCGAACACGAACAGGCCUUCCACGAUGCAGCAGAGCACGUGCCAGAGGAUGUAUUGAUGGUAGACGCAAAUGGGGAGAACGCGCAGGAGAAUGAGCCCGAGGAUGAUGACGAAGAAGAAGACGAUGAUGAUGAGGACGACGAUGAAGACAAGGCCACCACCGACGCAGGCAGUGCAUCAGAAGGGGAAGGUGACGGCGACGACAAGGGUGAAGGCUCUUCGUCAAAAGACGGGGUCAAGUCCGGCGAGACUGCAGCCGCGCCCAAAAAGCGUUCUCGACGCCGCAGUCCGUCUCCGCCAGAAGUCGUAGCACCGCCCGCACCCAAGCGACCAUCUGUCCGCAUCGACAUUCUCGAACCUAGGCAAGGUGGCUAUCUAAUCAAUGUUCCCGAGCUGGUGCUUGCCAAGCUCAAAGAGGAGGAUCAUCCAUGGGCUAAGUGGUACGAGGAGCAGUUGCUUCAAGCCGCAGAGCCCGAGCCCGUCGCUCCACCGCAGGCGGCUCCCGAGGUUCCUCCGGGACUGGAAGGCUUCGGUGGUCUUGCUAAGCUGCUGGCCAAGUAUCCUACCGCGGAAGAAUCUGGCUCGCCUUCGGGCGCAGGCGCAAGCGGCGCCAGCAAAAAGCGCCGACGACCCAACGACGACAAAUACGACAUUGGCCAGUACGACGUGCGAGAUCCCUUCGUUGAUGACUCGGAGCUCAACAUCGACGAGCCCACGCACUUUGCCAAGCCGAAAGCAGACGGCUUCUAUGUCACGCAGGGUCCCGUGGAGCUUGCCAAAGCCAAAGCCAUGGGCAAAGGUCAGCCUAUUCCGGUCAAGGACAGGCCCAAACCGCUCAGCAUUCGGGACUCCAAGUUUGGAUUCGCCGGGUCUCUCAACAAGCUCGUUGCCAGGAAAGCGCAGCAGGGUGCCGAAUUGCCUCCCAUGCCUUCUACAGGUUCUCCAUCCAUGCAGUUGGGUUCGCUCCUCAACAGCGGCGAUCCUGGCAGCCCCUCAGUAGCUGCGGCUUCGGCACUCACCAACACGCAACGGCUAGAGGGCACUCGCGACUCGCCCAUCAAGGUCGACGACAUUGAUUCAAGUUCGUCCAAGCUCUCCAAGAAGAACCGCUACCCUACUUUGCCCGUGGAUCCGCGUCUCCAAGCCGCGUUCGAUGAGCUCAAGAAGAAAGUUGACGCAGAGAACUUUGCGGUCAAGACCAAGUUCCCUCCUGCGCUCAAGCCGCCUCUGGUGGAGACGGCCAAGCUUGCCGUCAUGCUCGGCGAGUACGACGACAACUUCUUCAAUCAUCUGCCCACCAUCUUCCCGUACAACCGUUUCACGAUGAUGAAGCUGGUCAAGCGCGAAUUCUUCCCGCACCAUAUCAAGUACUUCGAAGAUCUCAAGCAGGAGCACCUCGACAAGCUUGGCGCCAUGAUCCGCGACAGCUUUCCGCAGCAGCUUGCCGACUUUGAAGCGGCACACAAAGCGUGGCUGGAACGAGGCGAAGCACCGAAGGACGGGGAAGCUGCUGAAGCCAUCAAAGGCCCCAAGGAGACGAAUGGUGCUGACGAGUCGAUGGAUGUGGACGCAUCAAAGGAUGGGGAAGACGAAAACGUCGAGCCGACCAAGCGCUGGAAGUGGACCGAGGAGAUGCGAGAGGAGGUGUUUGUCCUCAUCACCAUCGAAAACGCCAUGAGUGAGAUUCGCAACGAGAAGCACAAGCUGGAAAACUCGGCGGAGCAGUAUAGCGAGAUCAAUGCACGCAAAGCUUGCUACAAGCAGAUGUUCGAGCUGUUCCCCGAGGAUGGCUGGACCACCUCGACCAACAUCUCGCGAGAGUAUGCGCAGAUCAAGAAGAAGAAGGACCGUCAAGAAGCGAGGGGCGAGGAGCUCUUUGCCGACUCUCGUGCCAGCAGCGCUGUCCCGGCCUGA